GCGUGUAUGUAUGGAUGUGUGUACUGAAGCGUCAUUCUCCUCCUUUCUUCUUUUCAGUGAACGCGCAUCACUUGUGAGAAGCGAAGCUUGAGACCCACAACUUCCUCGGCUCAGCUCGGCUUGGCUCGGCUCGCUCUCCCGCGAAUUUCUUCUCUUCCUCCACCCCGGUUUCAUUUUUACCCUCAUCCCCACUUUCCCCUAUUUUUCCUGACUCGAGGUCGAGGAUUCAGCCGGGGUGUGCUGCUCGACACUGGGCGUAGCUGGAGAGGAUUUUUGCUAGCUCGCCGCUGCUCUGACUGACUGACCAGAUCCUGCAGUCUCCACAACGCCUGUAGACCUGUGGCCAUCUCGUGAGAUUUAAGUCAGCCCUGCAGUGCAGAGACGGACCACUACCAUUCAAGGGGAGAUGAAGCCGGAUGGGGUUACCACGGCAGCGCUGGGACCAAUGGAAACAAUGGAAUCCGACCUAGUAAAUGAGGCAGCACCAGGGGGGGGACCGGAGCCCAACCAGGCAGCCAGUCCAGCGGAGGAGGGGAUGCCACAGCAGCCCGCAGGAGAGCCGGGACAGCUGGAGUCCCAAACAGGCCAGACCAAGGAAACCCCCGCUGCAAAGCCUUGUAACAAGCCUUCGGGAGACUCCAAAGCCAAGACCACCAACAAGGCCACGGCCAAGACAAAAGCUGGCCCCGCCAGCCCAACCAAGACCACAUCACGGCCCAACACGGCCCAGAGCCGCCUCUCAAACGGCACGUCUAAGCCCCAGACCAACGGAGUUGCUAAGAAGACCGCGCCUCCGGCCGCUCCGGUCAAAAAGAGCACCCCGACCCCAGCUCUCUCCAAAAAACCAACAACCACGGUCCCAGCCUCCAAGACCAAAGUGGGCGAGAAGAAAGCCACGGGGGCCCCUCCCGCCACCAAUGGUGCAAAGUCGAUGACCGGAACAACGGCAGCCAAGAAGACCGCGUCCGCAACGGCUAAUGGUGUCAAAACCAGCGCCAGCAGCACUGCAGCUGCUGCUAAAAAAGCCCCAGCUCCUAAGCCGGCCUCUGCAACUCCCACCAAGCCAAGCUCUGCUGCCUCACCCAAGCCUGCUGUUUCCAAGACAACCAGGACCCCGAUUGGCUCGGCCCCGUCAUCUCGUCCUGCCACAGGCGCGACCCGGCCGCCCAGCGGCAGCGCAGCCAAGAGCUCCCCAGCCGCGGCCAAGCCUGCCGCCCCUAAAACCCCCUCCAGCACCUCCGUCAAGCCGGCCGCCUCCAGACUAACCUCCACUACCCCAUCUGGUGGCAAACCUCCAGCGUCGCAAACACCCAGGAACGUAACCCCUGUGAAGAAAGAUGUUACCAAACCGGCCGCUUCAGGAUCCAAAAAGCCUGCGGAUUCCCCCCUUACUCGCCCUUCCGCUACAACCAAGGCGGCAAAACCCGAGACCCCCAAAUCGGUCUCAAAAUCCGACGUUGGCGCCAAGAAGCCCGCUGCGAGUAAGGCUGCCGAUACAAAGACGCCCACCCGCCCCAAAACAGACGGUAAGCCAACACCUUCCAAGACCCCUGGAUCCAAAACCGCCGCAUCCAAGGCCUCCACCCCCAAGAAAACUGUGGGCAGCAGCACCCCAACGCCAGUGAAACGCGGGCCCAAAGCUGAAACUGUUGAAGAAGCAGGACCGGGAAUAGCUGCUGCUGUGGCAACCGCCGCGGCCAUCGCUACGGCGGCAGCUACCCUCGCCGGGCCAGAGGUACCAGAACCAGCUGUGGAGAGAUCUGCUGCAGAGGCACCAGAACUGAUCUCCAGCCAGACAGAAGCAGUCCAAGAGAGAAUUUCAGACCCAACACCAGAACCAGUACGGGAACCGACACCAGAACCAGUGCGGGAACCGACACCAGAACCAGUGCGAGAACCGACACCAGAACCAGUGCGAGAACCGACACCAGAACCAGUGAUGGUACCAGUACGGGAACCAACACCAGAGCCGGUGUUAGAACCAGUUCGGGAACCGACACCAGAGCCGGUACGGGAACCGACACCAGAGCCGGUACGGGAACCGACACCAGAGCCGGUACGGGAACAGACACCAGAGCCGGUACGGGAACAGACACCAGAGCCGGUACGGGAACCAAGUCCAGAACGAGUGCAAGAAACCUCUCCCGAGCCUCUCCCAGAGCCGCUGUCUCAAUCAUCAGCGGACCCUGAUCUCAGAGCUGAACCAGAUUCUGAAGACGAGUCCAACGCUCAGCUGGACCUCUUCAAAUUCCAGGGCUCAGCCAGGGACUCCUCUCUGGGAACUACGGUCAUGUCCCCUCCUUGCUCCCCACCGGGCCCCGUUUCCCCCGUCAGAGAGCCGCAGACCGCCUCCUCUCUGCUGGACCUGCACGCCCAGUCUGAUCCCUGGGACGGGACCCACCCCUCGGUUCUGUCGGACUUUGCUCCCCAGAACCUCGUCAGCGCGAUGAACUUCAACAUGGAAGAGGAAACAGAGAAGAAAAACCAGUUUGAGGCACAGACGACCAGGGAGGAGAAAGAGGAAGAGGAGGAGGAUGAGGAGGAGGAAGAAGAAGAGACGGAUAAUUUGUGUAUGCCCACCUCCACAGCUCCAUCUGCAGAGGCCUUCAACAUGAUGGCACAUCCUCACUCGCCCAUGGACGAUUCCCCCCCAAGGGACCUGAUGUCGCCGCACGACAAAGAGGAGGCGGUGGAAAAGGCCGACGAGGAGAUUAACGAGGACGACGACGAAGAGGAUUACGAAGACGAGGAGCAAAGGAGGCUGGGCCACCAGCCGUUGUCCUUCGCCACCGACAUGAGCACGUCUCAGCCCUCCGAGGAGUUCCAGGCCAGGCCCUCGGCCUUCGGCGGCUCGGCGGGUUGGCCCGGCGACGACCCGCCGUCCGGCAUGGACUCGGAGGACGUGAGCAGCUGCGGCAGCAGCCGGCAGCACGGCGUGUCGGACCUCAGCAGCACCCAGCACACGGCGCUGCUGGAGGGCACCCAGAGCUCGGACGCCCUGGUGGACUCCAGCCUCCGCGGCUCCGAGGGCGACGCCAACAUCAUGGGCUCGCCCAACGUGGAGACGUUGGCCAACGAGGAAGAGGAGGACGAGGACGAGGAAGACGAGCGGGUGGACGACAUGGACCUGAGUUCAGAGAGAAUGGAGGAGCAUCACAAGGUGUUCCAGCAGCGGGAGCGAUACGAGGACGACGAGGACGAAGACGUGGAGAUGCACAGCGAAGGAGUGACCGAGAGCGGCGGGAAUGUAGACGAAGACGACUUUAACGAGGAGGAGCGUUUGGACAACUUAAACCGCCCCUGUGCGCCAGCCUGCGCCCCCCCCGGCGCCUCCUCCUGGGGCCAGACCAACCCCUUCAGUGACCCCUGGGCUCAACCGGCCUCGCUGCUCCCCGCCUCCUCCCCCAGCCCGGCGUCCGACCCCGGUGCGCCCGAGUCCGAGAUGCCCAUCCUGUCUCCGGCCUUGCCCCGUUUGGACGGCGGUGCCCCGGCCUUCGCUCCUGAGUCGGAGCACGAGUCGGCACACGAGGAGGAGAUGAAGUGCUCCGCGGACGAAGAUGCUCACGCCGUGUUCGCCGCCCCCGCUGGCGCCGCGUCCCAGUCCGGCGCCGCUCCGGCCUCCCGCAGCAGCAGCGAGACGAGCACGCCGGAGGAGCUCCGCGACUACGACAGCAGCUCCGGCGUGGAGUCCCGUUCCGAGAAGCGGCAGACCCCGGUGCCGGCGUCGGUCCAGCCCGACAUGGAGCAGGACCUGGGGAUUCACCUGGAGAAAGGCGACGGAGAGGAGGAGGAGGCGGAGACGCUCCCCGCCGACGAGGUCCCGGGAACCGGACCCCCAACCGCUCCGGCGUCCGCGCCCUCCUCCGCCUCCACCUCGGGGGACGAGGCCAGCGACACGGAGGGGGAGAUGCAAAUAAACGACCCCGAUGCGCCGGCGACGAUGGACCAGAGCGCCGGCUUCGAAAGCCCGCCUACCGCCCGCAGUCUGCACGCUCUCGAUGAGGACGAGGAGGCGGCGGACGCGCCUGCCGGAUACGGCGAAGAAGACGGAGGCGGCACCACGCCUCAGUCGGCCAACUCGGUGGCGUCCUACGGCUUCGACUGCACCACGUCCAACUCCAACGCCCACUCCAUGGCCGAGAGCUGCGGGAAGAGCCCCGGCAUCUUCUCCCUGGAGAACGAGGAGCAGCUGCCGGAGGAGGCCAAGGACCCCUCCCUCAUCAAGGAGCUGACGCUGCCGUCCGCCGCCACAGCCGCCCCGGCGGAGGAGGACCUGCUGGGCAGACCCGUGGACCUGAUGCCUUUGGGACACCCGGGAGACGUCAAACCCAGCAGUCUAGACGAGCACCACUACAUGUUCGGGGGGAAGAUGGCGGCUGCAGACCACCUGGAGGACGCUGAUCCGUUGGAGCCCAGUCACCGCCUCGGGGGCGUGGAGUCUGGAGACCCCGGCGACAGCCAGCCGCCCUACUACUCCACCAUAUGUGAUAAGACUGAUAGUUUUCUGGCAGGUAAUGUAUAAGUCCCUCCUAUUACCCCUGGAAUGCACCUUUUCCCCGCAACCCUCCCCCUUUACCUGUUGUUUGUUUUCUCUCCAGUUGGGUUAGAUGGCUAAGAUGAAGAGAAAAGGAGAGCAAGAUUGUAGGAAAACAUUAAAAAAAAUAUGGAGAUGGUGGGGGGGGGGGGGAUGAAAUGACUGUAGCAAUUUUUAAAUGAAGCCUCCCUCUUUCAUAUUGUUAUGGUUAUGAGUGUACGGCUUAAACUCCUUUAUGUACAAUAGCUACUACCAUUUUCUAGUAGAAUGCUCUUUUUAAGUAACACUGCAUAUCCUGUAGCCCCGGACGGGGUGUUGACUGAUUGGUCCAGCUGUGACUGAGCUUAUAAACCGACAAAGAAAACACACAAGGAAGAGGAAAAAAAAACAAAAAAGA